GUGGUUUGCCGCAACUCAGUUUGAACCUCUGGCAGCAAGGUCUGCUUUUCCGUGCUUUGAUGAACCAGCAUUUAAAGCUACUUUUUUAAUCAAGAUCAGAAGAGAUGAGAAACUUUCCACUCUGUCAAAUAUGCCAAAGAAAGCUACUACUCCUGUGACAAAUGGAAUUGUUCAAGAUGAGUUUUUUGUGAGUUUGAAGAUGAGCACCUACUUAGUGGCCUUCGUUGUCGCAGACUUGAAAAACAUCAGUAGGGAAAUUAAUGGGAGUCUGGUAUCUGUCUAUGCCACACCACAGCACCUAAACCAAGUUGGGUAUGCCUUAAACACAGCAGUGAAACUUCUGGAAUUUUAUGAAAAAUACUUUUUAAUAAACUACCCUCUUGAAAAAUUAGAUCUGGUAGCAAUUCCUGAUUUUCAGUCCGGUGCAAUGGAAAACUGGGGCUUGAUCACCUUCCGAGAAACAACACUCUUGUUCGACAGUAAUACUUCUUCAGCAAGGGAUAAAAAGUUAAUAACUGCAGUGAUAGCACAUGAGCUUGCCCAUCAGUGGUUUGGCAAUCUAGUAACUAUGGAAUGGUGGAAUGAUCUCUGGCUGAAUGAGGGAUUUGCCACUUUCAUGGAGUACUUUGCCAUGGAGGAGAUUUUUCCAGAAUUACAUUCAGAUGAAGAUUUUCUUAAUUUGAUUUUCAAGGCUAUGAUGAAGGAUUCCUUGAAUUCUUCAUAUCCAGUCUCUUCUGCUGUUCAGUCUUCAGAGCAAAUUGAAGAAAUGUUUGAUGCACUUUCUUAUAUCAAGGUCUUGUUGAGGGUUAAACAGCUAUUUAAGAAUAUCAUUCAGAGAUCAACCCCUGCAAUGGGCACUGUGGCCACUCCGACCCCUGCGACAGGCACUGUGGCCACUCAAACCUCAGCAACAUGCACUGCAACUGCUCAAACCCCAGUGACAGGUGCUGCAGCUACUCCAACCACCAUGAUAUGCCAUGUAUCUACUCAAACCUCCACGACAGGUGCUGCAGUGACUCUAAUCCUAGUGACGAACACUGCAGCUACUCAAACUCCAGCAAACGACACUGUGGCUGAACUGGAGAACAAACCGGUGCCAGUAUCAGUCACCCCUAUACACAAGAAGAUCGGCGCAUUUAGUAAGGGAUGA